GAGAAAAUCGCGGAGGAAGAAAAGAAAGGGAAGACAAAUUGGCCCUGAGAUUUUCCAAAUUUCUAGAGAGAGAAAGGAAGAUUUAGUUUACUUCAACGAUGUCUUUUUUGUUUAUUACUAAAAUUUUAUCGCCAUUUACGCCAUUGAUUGAUUGAUUCAAAGCUAAAGUGCGUUGAAGCAGAGAGAGGUAUCAACUUACAUUUUGCUCAUUCACUGUCAUUCAUUAACCGUCGGAUCUUGAAGAAAAAGGAAAUGGGUGAUACAGACAGUGAUAUGAUCCGCACAUCGAUUCCGAAACAGCCUCAUCAGCUCGAACUAAACCCCAAUCACAUCCAGUUCUCCAGCGACAGUACCAGACGAGUCGGUGUCCCUCCCACUUCCCCCUACUCUCAGAUCCCCACGACCAGACCACAACAACCUCAGGGAGGUGCUCACUCACGGUCACGGUCAAUGUCACAGCCUUCCUCUUUCUUCUCCUUCGAUUCCUUGCCUCCGCUAAGCCCUUCUCCCUUCUCCUUUAACAACAACACUUCUUCUCCGCUCUUGUUGCCUCCGUCAUCACCGUUCACGAGAUGCAACUCAGACUCUUCUUCUUCUUCUAGAGUCGUUCUGCCUCCGAGAAAGUCUCACAGACGCUCCAACAGCGACAUCCACAUCCCCACUUGCUUUAACUCUCCGAUCCCUCCUUUCGUCAAGAGAGAAGACAUGGAUGAUGAUCUCUUCUCGGCGUAUAUGAAUCUCGAAAACAUCGACGCCUUGAACUCCUCCGAAGCUGAUGAUGAUAAUAAUGAUAACAGCAAGAACGGCGAGAGCAGUAGAGCAAGCGGGACGACCAAGACUAGCGACGACACAGAGGAGGGAGAGAGCAGCAGUGUUAAUUACGAGAGUGAUCGUAACAAUACCUUGAAGAGAAGAGCUGAUGGAGGAGGAGGAGGAGGAGGAGGAGGAGGAGACGUUGCUCCUACGACAAGACAUUACAGGAGCGUUUCGGUGGACAGCUGUUUCAUGGAGAAACUGUCUUUCGGUGAAGAAGUCUCUCCUACCAACUCUGUUAGCAUCGAGUUUAAGAAGGGUGAGUUCACUGCGGCGGAGAUGAAGAAGAUCAUGGCUAAUGAUAAACUAGCCGAGAUGGCCAUGUCCGACCCUAAGCGUGUCAAAAGGAUAUUGGCGAACCGACAGUCUGCAGCGAGGUCAAAGGAGAGGAAGAUGCGGUACAUUGUGGAAUUGGAACAUAAAGUGCAGACUCUUCAGACCGAGGCUACUACAUUGUCUGCUCAGUUCACGCUUUUGCAGAGAGAUAUGAUGGUAUUGACAAACCAGAACAAUGAGCUCAAGUUUCGUCUUCAAGCUAUGGAGCAGCAAGCUCAGCUUCGCGAUGCUUUGAAUGAAGCACUGAGUGGGGAAGUCCAGAGACUGAAACUGGCAAUUGGUGAGACCAGCCACAACGAAGCUGAUAGAUCAAAGAUGCAAUCACUCAACGCCGACAUGUUCCAGCAACUCAACAUCAGCCAGUUAACACAGCAGCCACAGCCACAGUCUCAGCAGAACCAGAAUGGAACCAUGUCACCAAAACCUGAAUCAAAUGAAUUAUAGUGCAGAUAAGUUGUUCAGUUGGUGGCUGGAUCAAAGGGACUUGGAGUCUUUAGUUUUCACGUUACAUAUCAAUCAAUCAAGCAUUAUAUUUUUAUUUAUUUAUGUGCAGUCUGUUGGAAUUACAUAUAUCAUAUUAUAUGGCGCAAGUUCAGAAAAAUUAAUUUUACAGUAUUUUUUA